AAGAAGAAAAAGAUGCGCGUCAUCGUCCCGGAAGUGAUGUCAGCGUGAGUCUUCGACAGGCUAACUGGUGUUAGCAGCUACGAGAAUAAAUCAGCUGUUAUUUAAGGUUUUUAUUAUUUUAAUCUUCUGCAAACCGCCACGCUGAUGACAUCACACUGAUCUGUGACGUGGCAGAUGGGUGACAACAUGAUUACGGCCCUAAUUUAGCUGUUAGCUGCAGUUAGCUCCGUCACACUGACGGUCCGUUCAGAAGUCCCAUCGGAAAUCUGCCGAUUUAACAGCUGGAAUAUUCUGGAUCACAGAAGAGCUUCAACAUGAGCAGCCGAGUGGCCGGAAAACCCCGAGAGACGGAGAUGAAGAAGGAGGAGGAGGAAGAGAAGAAGGAAGAGAAGGAGGAGGAGGAAGAGGAGGAGGAGAAGAAGGAGGAAGAGGAGGAGGAGAAGAAAGAUGAGGAGGACUUUUACGACUGCCAGGAGAUUCUGGAGCCUCCAGACAGACAGGAAGCAGCAGAGGAGGAAGAGGAGGAAGAGGAGGACUUUCACAUUAAAACCAACAGACCGACUGAUAGAAGAGAGAGAGAGGAGCAGGGAGACAGGCUGCUGGAGGAGCAGGGAGACAGCUGUAGUGAGAGACUGCAGGGAGACAGGCUGCAGGGAGACAGGCUGGUGGAGGAGCAGGGAGACAGGCUGGUGGAGGAGCAGGGAGACAGGCUGGUGGAGGAGCAGGGAGACAGGCUGGUGGAGGAGCAGGGAGACAGGCUGGUGGAGGAUUCAGACAACGAGAUGAAGGAGGAAAGUCAGCAGGAGGAGUUUGACGAUGAUUACCUGAGGGAGCUGGAGAAGGAGCUGACAGAGGAGGAGAAACAGAGUCGCCGGCAGCAGAGUUUAACUCUGAAGGAAAAGGGCAACAGCCAUUUUAAAGCUGGAGACUGGGCCGAGGCGGAGCGGAGCUACACGGAGGCGUUGGGUUUCUGUCCCGUUUGUUUCAACAGAGAGAGAGCCGUGCUGUUCUCCAACAGAGCUGCUGCUAGACUGCACCUGGAGCUGAAGGACGCGGCGAUCUCUGACUGCUCCCGAGCGAUAGAGCUGAACCCAGACUACGUGCGGGCGCUGCUGAGGAGGGCCGAGCUGUACGAGCAGACGGACAAGCUGGACGAGGCUCUGGAGGACUACAAGAAGGUUCUGGACCUGGACCGGAACCAGGCCAGCGCCAGACAGGCCUGCAUGAGGCUGCCUCAGCAGAUACAGGAGAGAAAUGAGAAGCUGAAGGAGGAGAUGCUGAGUAAGCUGAAGGACCUGGGGAACAUGGUGCUGAGACCGUUCGGUCUCUCCACCAACAACUUCCAGGUCAACCAGGACGCCGGCACGGGCUCCUACUCCAUCAACUUCGUCCAGAACCCCAACAACAACAACAGAUGACAUCACACAGCCAGUGGUGACAUCACAGCCCUGCAGGCUGAUUGAGUAGCUCCUUCAGGAGAAUCAACCACAGAGAUUUGUUUUUGUAUUUAAGCUGUUUGAAUAAAGUUAGUUUGAAUCCUGA